UUGUUUUAUGUAGAGGGAAUUCGAAAUGUUAAGCUUAGUAGACUUUAGCCUAUCAGAUCUAAGCAGAUGCGAGUUAUGAGUGUGAGUUGAUGUCAUAUUAAUGUUGCUACGUAAUAAAAACAGACUUGCAUUCCCGCAUACACAGUGAUUUUAAAUUAAUUACAUUAUUCUUUGUGCUUCCUUUCUCUAAUUGCUGUUUUUAAAUAGGGAAUUUGUUUGCUUGAUUGAAAACGAAGAUUACUGUAUCACAUAUAUGGCAGAAGAAGAUAAGGAAAUUCCAGCCAGUGGAGCAGUGUUUACUUUUGGAAGAAGCCGAUUCGCUGAAAACAUCCCGAGCCAUUUCUUUAUUAGGAAUGAUCCUGUCAUUGAUGUUGGUUGUGGGGAUGAACAUACUGCAGUAGUCUGCCAGAACGGACGAGUGUUCGUGUUUGGAAGCAACGAGUGGGGCCAGCUGGGGCUCGGACACCGCUCCGUUGUGACUAAACCCAGCUGUGUUAAGAUUUUGAAGCCUGAACAAGCAACUCAUGUGGCCUGUGGUAGAGCUCAUACGAUAAUCAGUACAGGGUCAGGGAAGGUGUUUGCCUGUGGCAAUAAUAGUGAUGGACAGCUUGGGGUUGGUGAUACUACGGACAAAGAUACCCCAACACCUGUGGAGGGGGUCACAGGGCCAGUAGAGCAGCUCGCAGCGGGGUGCCACCACUCUGUGGCACUAAACAAUAAGGGAGAGGUGUUUGUGUGGGGCAGCAACUCUGACGGGCAACUUGGACUGGGUCAGGAGGUCAAGUCUGUGACCACCCCCACCAGACUCCAGCUCAGUGAGAGUGUAGCCAAGAUCGCCUGUGGAUACUACCACACAGUUCUACUGACAGAAGAAGGUCAGGUGCUGGUGUGUGGUGAAGGGGAGGCAGGCAAGCUGGGACUCGGCUUCACUGAGAGUGUUUUCACCCCUACUCUUGUCACAUUUGAUGCUUGGCCUGUAUUUGUGGCAGCCGGUGGAAACCAUACUCUUGUUGUAGCAGUUGACGGCAAAGUAUAUGGCUGGGGUAGCAACUGGAGUGGUCAGCUAGGCCUACCUAACGCUAAGCAGACAGAAGUGCUAGUGCCAACUCUGAUACAUACUCUUGGAGAUAAGGUUAUCAAGGAGGUGGCCUGUGGGGAGAGCCACACUGCCUUUGUUACUGAGCUAGGAGAGCUGUUGACGUGUGGGGAGACCCGGCAUGGCAAAUUAGGCUACGAGACGACAGACACCAACCCUGACUGCUCGUGUGAACCCACUCGAAUAUCUCGCUUCAAACCCUUCACAGUUACAAAGGUACGUUGUGGAGGCUGUCACACCAUGGCUCUCGCUUCUCCUCGGACCGAUGACACAGAUGAUCACCUCAGCAAUGGUCAUGUGUCUCACAAUACACUCCAACCUCCAGAGGUGGAUAUUGUGUCACCACCUGUGGCUGCCAGGGGUCCGCUACCUCCACUGCAGAGAGUGCCUCAUGUCAAUUCUAUGUUUACGGAAGACAAGCUGUCCCGUGAGAGCUCCCUGGCCUCCAAUCCUCAGGUUCAGGAUGUGCCUGAGGUGUCGGUGGACCUGGUGGCUCCUGAUGACGUUGACAAACUGGAACCAGAGAAGGAGGAAGAUGUUUGCACAUCCCUGUCCAUUCCCAAGUCCACUCCUGAGACUCUGUCCAUGAAUGAGAAAUUAGAAGAGAACGAAGAUAUAAAUUCGAUUAUGGCAUCAGCUGAACAACAGGCUAGUGACGUGCUGAAAAGCCAAUCUCAAGCAGUCCUGGAGACUUGUGAAAACGUUGUAUCAAUGAAGAAAAAUGCAAUAAAGAAAAUUGUCAGUGAAGAAAAUGAAGUUGAAAGCAAAGUGGUGGUUACUAAUAAAAAGUCCAAGAUGUGUACUCUCUUAUGAAGAUGACUACUACACUACUAAAUCCGUCCAUAAUUUUCUGUGAUGUUCAUGCCUUGCACUGUGGUAAAAAUAGUCUUAAUUAUUAAUCAAAAUAUGUGUACCUAAGUCAGUGUUUAGGAACAGGUUAAUUGCUUUUUUUAAUAGGUAGACGCUGAAAGUACUUGAUCGAUCUAGUCAAUUAUUUAGUGUUUUAUACUUUAUAAUAACGAAUAAAUAACAAGUAAAUACCAAAGACCGUAGCAUGAAUACAAAUUUUAAUUCAGUAUACUUUUAUAUUGUUGUUAAUAUAAUGUAGUUGAGAAUUAACUUUUAAGUGAUGUGUAAUUUAUAUGCAUGUAAUUUAUUGUAUUUUCAUUUUACUGUAGAUAUUAAUGUGUGCCUGCCUGUAUGCAACAACAUUUUUUACAGUUUAAUACAAUAAUUAUGACUAGCAGUUUAAGCUGAGUAUUUUAUCAAUUUGAAAAAUAUGUUUUAGUAAUAACAUGGUAUUGUUUUGAAUUAAACAAUCAUAUAA